AUGGCGGUAAAAGCACCAACUGUCAAGCUCAAUAAUGGUCUCGAAAUGCCCAUCAUCGGGCUCGGAACAUGGCAAUCACCAAAAGAUCAGGUCAUUGCGGCAGUAGAAUAUGCACUCAAAGAGGGUGGAUAUAGGCACAUUGACUGUGCAUUCGCGUACGGUAACGAAGAUGCAGUCGGUGAGGGGAUUCGACGAUCCGGCGUUCCACGGGAAGAGAUCUGGGUCACAUCAAAGGCAUGGCCUACAUAUCUCAACCGCGUCGAAGAGUGUCUCGACCAGACAUUAUCCAACCUCGGACUCGACUAUCUCGACCUCUAUCUCAUUCACUGGCCCAUACAUCUAAACCCAUCGGGUAACAAUCACCUCUUCCCGACCCUCCCAAACGGCGUACGAGACGUGAUCCACGACUGGCCACUUUCCGAAACCUGGUCACAGAUGGAAUCCCUCGUCAAAAAGGGCAAAGUUCGCUCCAUCGGCGUCUCCAACUUUUCCGAACUCAAGCUCAAUGAGAUUCUACCGACUGCCACCAUUAUCCCCGCGGUCAACCAACUCGAGCUUCACGUGUACAACCCACAAAAAAAGUUGCUCAAGUUUAUGGAAGAAAAGGGAAUCAAGCCUCAGGCGUACAGUCCACUCGGCAGCUCAAAGUCACCCUUGAUGGCCGACGAGACGGUGGUCCAGAUUGCGAAUGCCAAAGGUGUAGAACCGAGUGCAGUUCUUCUCGCCUAUUUGGUCGCAAAGGGGAUCACAGCGCUGCCCAAGUCUGUCACUCCUCAGCGUAUUGCAGACAAUUUGUCCAAGACGAUCAGCGUAUCGUUUACUCCCGAGGAAUUCGAGCAGCUGGAUACGCUUGCGGAAAAUGGAAAGCAGCAGCGCUUCAUCAAGCCUCCCUGGCCAGUCAAACUUGGAUUCGAGGACUGGAUCUAG